UGCGACGGGCUCUACCACUGACCUACAUGUGAAUUCCUCACGCUGUGGAGGAUGAAGCAGUGGGCAUGUCGCACAUCAUUUAAGUGUGUGCGGGGUGAGGGUAGGGCCUUAGAGCCACGAUCCAACAAUGGCCCCCCGAGUGCUCCAUUUAGUGACACAACGACACACGCCCACUCUGGCGCUGCACUACCCCCUGUUGCUUCAUGUACAGCAUGCAAGCGCACCACUCCUUCUGCUCAUGUGGCAUAGUGUGCUGGGGCCCUCUUUUGAGCCCAUACGGCGCAGCACACUGGGUAGAUGGCAAACGCAACACCGUUUGGGAUAUUUCACAGCGAGCAGCAUCCUCUAUCUCCACAAUUCUGCACUACUCUUCAUUGUUGUUCUUCUUUCCGCUUCCACAUCAUGUUCUUGCGUGCUCCUUGAGCGCCAAGAUGGAAAUGCGGAUGUUUGAAACCGGAUGGGUAGCUCGCUGUCCUUUUCUAUAUAGUUUAUUUUUCUCGUUUCUUUCUGUUCUGCUGGCUCUCAGUUCCCCAAGGCAAAACAAGGGGGAUGGGUUGUGGAAGUUAGCAUGCCUUCACUGGCUGUGUGAUGUUGGCAAAUUGCGUCUACAGAGCUAACAAGUUUUUUCCUCUUUUGCAUGUUCUCUCUCUUUAUGGUUGCAAACACAACAACGCGAGCACGAUACGCACUGGACGACACCGGACGAGAGUACGGCGACACCAAAGUGGCGCUGGGAUGGCGCUGGGAUGGCACUGGAACGGCAGCGGGAUGUGC